UCUGAAAAAAAAAAACUCAGAAAAUAAAUGUACACAUACUAAAUAUAUAAAACCAAAAACAAAGUUUGAGUCUUUAUUCAUUUUUGUUUCAUAGUUGAUCAACUUUGGUAUUCCUAGUGAGAGAAAGAGAGGAGAGAGAGUUUGUUGUUGUUGUUGUUUUUGCAAUGGCACCCAGUUUUGACUGCGCGGUUUCAAGCCUGCUCUGCGCAGAGGAAAACAUUUUUGAUAAUGACGAUUUUGGGUCUGAGGAGGUUCAUAGAAAUCAUCGAAACAACAGUCAUAAGGAAGGGUUUUGGGAUGAUGGGGAGGAAGGUCUGCCUUUGCAGAGUCAGAGUGAUGAGUAUUUGAGUUCAAUGGUAGAAAAGGAAUUUCAGCACUUGCCUGCAUCUGAUUACUUGGUGAGGUUGCGAAGUGGGGACUUGGACCUUGCUGCUAGACAACAGGCUGUUGAUUGGAUUGGAACGGCAAAUGCACAUUUCAGUUUUGGACCUCUGUGUCAAUACCUAUCCAUAAACUACUUGGAUCGGUUCCUUUCUGCCUAUGAAUUUCCUAAUGUCAAGGCUUGGACUAUGCAAUUGUUGGCUGUGGCAUGCUUGUCCCUUGCUGCAAAAAUGGAGGAGAUUGAUGUCCCACUCUCUCUUGAUUUACAGGUGGCAGACUCAAAAUUUGUGUUUGAGGCAAGAACAAUUCAAAGGAUGGAGCUUUUGGUGUUGAGCACAUUAAGAUGGAGAAUGCAAGCAGUUACCCCCUUCACAUUCAUAGAUUCUUUCCUUCUCAUGAUCAAUGAUGAUCAAACCAAUCUCAAAACUUCAAUCUUGAGAUCAUCCCACCUGAUUGUGACCACUGCCAAGGGAAUUGACUUGUUGGAAUACAGGCCUUCAGAGGUGGCAGCAGCAGUAGCAAUUUCUGUGGCAGGAGAGGCCAAAACAUUAGACAAUGAGAAAGCAAUCUCUAUGCUCAUUCAACAUGUACACUUAGUAAAGGAGAGAGUGGCAAAGUGUGUAAAUAUGAUUCAUGAUAUGGCAUUGAUGAGUGGGACCCCCAUGAAGGAAGCUAGCGGGUCAGCCCAGAGUGUGCCCCGGAGUCCAAUAGGGGUGUUGGAUGCUGGAUGCUUCAGCUAUAAAAGUGAUGAAACCACAGUUGGGUCAUGUGCAAAUUCCUUCCACGAUAGCUCGGAUUCUAAAAGAAGGAAGCUAAACAGACCCUCUGAGGUGGAGUUAUAGAGACCUAAAUAUGUCACUUUGUUACAUAAGUAGGAUUUUGGUGUGCUUUAUCAAGUUUUUUUAAAGAAAACAAAAUGUGGAAAAUGAUGGGAGAGGAGGAAUGGCGUGAGGAAAAGAAAAAACCUCUCCAGCUGUUAAAUAUUAGACUUCUUAGCAGCCAGAGACUCCUGAGCAGAUAAACUGAGAAAAAGGGUAGCGAUUUUCGCACUCUUAAGCCGUGUUCGGUUUUGUGAGAUACAGUUUGUGUUUAGGGUUUGGAGUUUUGUUUAUUUAUUUGGUUACAAGAGAACAAAAACAGGAAAUCUGAAAAGUAAUAUAUGAUUGCAGGAAUAUUUAUAUAUGUUCUUGAGAGUC